AUGAUGGACUCAGAACUGCCACCUGGUAGCUGUAACUCCACUGGACAUCUGUCCACUAUUGGAUACCAUACUCUGCCUGGGCGUAUGCACCACUCCGCCAGCACGCCGGCGGGGGUGGACGGCGCAGGCGGAGGUAGCCGGACACCGCCCGCUACACCCAAGAAAGGCGGCAAGAUGCUGGCCGUCAGGGUUCAGAUGCUGGAUGAAUCAAUAUCCAUGUUCCAGAUACAGUCGAAGGCACUAGGGAAGGUGCUAUUCGAUCAAGUAUGUCGGCAGCUACAUUUGUUGGAAGCCGAUUAUUUCGGACUGGAGUAUCAAGAUGGGAACGGCGCAAAGGUAUGGUAUUGGUUGGAUAUCGAGAAGCCUAUGUGCCGGCAAGUGGGCCUUUCAAUGCUGGAGCCAACGCUCCGGUUCUGUGUGAAGUUCUACACUUCAGACCCUGCACGGUUAGAGGAGGAGUUCACACGUUACCUGUUUUGUUUGCAAGUGAAGAAGGACCUUGCUACUGGAUGCAUACAAUGUAAUGAGAACACAGCAGCGCUCAUGGCCAGCUACAUUGUACAAGCAGAGUGUGGUGAUUUUGUUCCUGAAGACUACCCAGAUCACACAUACCUCAGUGGCUAUAAAUUCUUCCCCGGACAGGAUUCUGAGUCCGAACGUCGUAUCAUGGAAAAUCAUAAGAAACAUCUUGGCCAAAGUCCUGCGGAGGCAGAUUUAAAUUUAUUAGAAACUGCACGGAGAUGUGAGUUAUAUGGUAUAAAAAUGCACCCAGCCAAAGAUCACGAAGGUGUAUCUUUAAACCUCGCAGUAGCGCACAUGGGAAUCAUAGUGUUCCAGAAUUAUACGAAGAUAAACACCUUCAGUUGGGCUAAGAUACGCAAAAUAUCGUUCAAGAGGAAAAAGUUUCUAAUUAAACUGCAUCCAGAGGGUUAUGGCUACUACCGCGACGUGGUAGAAUUCUUCUUCGAUGGUCGCAACGAAUGCAAGAAUUUCUGGAAGAAGUGUGUCGAGAAUCAUGGCUUCUUCCGUUGUUCGAGCGUGCAGCGCCAGCCGAGACUUAAAACUAGAGUUAUCUCAAGAGGUUCAUCCUUUAGGUAUAGCGGUAAAACGCAGAAACAGAUUGUGGAGUACGUACGGGACAACUAUGUGAAACGUCAAACAUUCCAAAGGUCGGGGUCGUUCCGCGCGUCGCGCUCGGUGUGCGGGUCGCGCGCCAACGUGGCGCCGCCGCCGCCGCUCGGCGCCUCGCUCUCCGCGCACCCGCUGCUGCCGCUGCCGCCCGGCUCCGACGCGAUUUCCCUGGAGUGGGACAAGCAACCUCACUACCUGGAGGCUUCUCUGAUGAUGAAGGGCUACAGUGCGGAGGAGGCGCGGGCGGCGGCGGGGCGGGAGAGGCGCCCGGCGGCCGCCGCUCGCCCGCCGCUCGCAGCUACCGCCUAUGCCGCCACGAGAGACAAGCUGACAAAACUGUACUGCGAUCAAAUCCCCCCCGAGCUGGUGACUCAUGCCGAGGUCAAUCAUCAUCCGGAUUUGGUGGAUUCACCUCUGCCUCAUCGGACGACGACACAAUUGGUUUCUCCGGAGAGUACAUGGAGCCAGGCGAGCUGCCCCCGUGCGAGUGGUCGCGGCCGCGCGCCCACUCCGCCGCCUCGUGCGCCGCGCCCCGCAGGUCAGAGCCCGCCCGACUCCCCCGCGCCCCACCCCGCCGCCUCUAGCGGUUACCCGGACUUCGUACUGGCGAAGCAUUCCUCGAGCUUUAAGAAGUCAUCCGAGCGCCUCGAGUACGAGCUAUCUCAGAGCAACAUUUACUCGGCGUGCCCGUCGACGCGCUCGUCGCGAUCGGGCGGCUCGCUGCCCGCGGAGCAGUGCUCGGAGCGCUCGGACACGCGGUCGACGGGCGCGGCGCGCGCCCGCGGCUGGCGGCGCAGCGCGUCGUGUCGCAACCUGCGCGACUACAGCUUCGACUCGGCCGGCCGCGCCAAGCGUCGGCGCGACGCUCGCUCCAUGCUCGCGGACCUCGAUGCGCUCUCGCGUCUCGAUUCUCCCGUCACACGGUACGACGAAGCUCGCAUGAGAGCGUUCGUGUUCGGCGAUCGCGAUUCCUUAGAGUCCGCCCGGGCGUUGCUCGGACGAGCUUACUCGUCCUCGUUCCCCGGCGCGAUCGGCGAGCCUCGCCUAGAUGUACCGUUCGCUCGCACGGGUUCUCAGGACGACAUUUCGCACGAUAGUUACGAACUAAUAGAGCGGUCGGACGACGAGUCGGAGCGGCGAUACGCGCGGGCCGUUCCGCAGGGCCGAGCGCAUACGCGAUCGUGCUCGUUGGAUUCGGGCAACGACCUUCCAUCUGACGAUGACCGAUCCCUUUCUCACUUGUCCGAGAGUGACGACCGGGAGCAUGAGUUAGACGAACCGGUCGUGCUUUACCGCAGCAAUAACGACAUUCCCUUAGAUCCCUUUCUUGUGGACGAUCCGCGUGUGUUACCUCGAGAGAAACUUUCAGUUCGUUCGGAUGGCAAUUUUUAUAAAGAAAUCAAGCGGGCCCUCGGUUCGCGUACUUCCAGCCAAGAAUCCAAAAGCGAAAUUUAUGAUUCUAAACAUUCUAAAAGUAGCGCUGAAUCCAGUAAGAAAUCUCGUGACAGCGUUUAUCAUACCGAUAGUAAAAAAUCUCGCGAAACGCUAAAGAGCAAGAGUUCUGACAGAUCUGGGUCGCGAACCUCCAGCCAAGAUUCCAAGUCAGAUUAUUACGAUUGUAAAAGAAACUUGUACGAACCCGACGACAUCAGCAUAAGACGUCGUAGUAUUACUAGUAUACAGAAUGCUUACAUAGAUCCCUUUGAACCCAUUUCCCCUUCUAGUCCGGAUUCAGGUAAAGAUUUCUUUGAUACACAACCCACCUUCAUCGGUAUGGAGAAGCCCGAAUAUAUGGAGAAGACAUUAUUUGAUAAGUCUCAUGAAGACUUAAUCGCCAAUUUGGCAAAUUCUCCCAAUUUCUAUCAUAUCUCGACUCCGUACUCAACUUUCCCUAGUAAUAGUAAACACCACAAAGAACCGAGUCCAAUGCACUCUGCUAGUUUGCAAAAUGUUGAACUGGAACAGUAUGGUGGUGAAUUCUCUGACUUGAGUCCCCCGAAGAAAGGUGAUGAACUUUCGACGGAGGAAGACGAUAUUCAUCCUCAAACGACACAUAUUUGGCCUGAGAAAAUAGUCGGCCUCGAUACAGAAAUUGAUAACAGCAGGUCUGCUAAAAUACAUAGCUAUCAACGACGUAGGUCAUCUGAUACCGUAUUUAGUUUCGAUAAAGAGAAAAUAGAAUCCUUGACGAGAUCUAUCAGUAAGGAAAAUGCGCCGCCAUCUCAUCUCAUUAAGGAAUCCUCUAAUGAAUCUGACGUCAAUGUAAGGAUUUUGCCGACAAUGGAUAGUAUUGAGUAUGCUAAGAAUAAAGCUAAAGCAGCCUUAAUGGCUAUUGACACUGUGUCGAUUCUGCAAUCAGAAUUUGACAAACGGGGUAAGGUUCAUACUCAUAUUGUCCGAAAAGAAAACUUGAAAGAAGAAUUAAUGGCUAAAACUCACUUUGACGAAUACAAUCCGAAGCUCAUUCACGAGACGAGCUCUAGCAGCCGUUUAACGGACAGUAAUGUCCCUUACACCCAUCCGACUGUAGAACGUACUAAAAGUGAUCCUAAUAGUUUGGCUAACCGACCCCGGUUCAGCAGCGUUAAUUCUCGUAGACAUGUUCUUAUGCACCAAAAAUCUAUUGACUUGACUCCAGCAGAGUCGAGCGACGAGGAUUACAUGUUUCGUCAAAUACCGAGUGCGCCUCCCAUUGCUACUAAACGAUCUCACUUUGAAUUGCCUUCGAGGGUGCCGGAUCAUGUUAGACCUCCAUUCGAUCUACCUAAAAACUAUUUUCAAGAAUUUGAUGCGUUCAAAGCCGGUUUUAAAGAUAAAAAGGUAGUUGAUGACGGUUACGAUAUUCCUUAUGUAUUGCAUAAGCGGCAUGUAAUGAAUGGAACUGCUCCAUCACCAAUGGAUGAUAUGCGACAGCCUCCGGAUAUAGUAAUGAUGCCACCACAAAAUGGAAGAUGUCACGUAGUCAGUGCGCAUCCUAGGUGCAAGUACCAUGAUCAUCCGAAGUCGCCACGGUCGCCUAAAUCUCCAAAAUCACCUAAAUCACCAAAGUCGCCGAAGUCUCCAAAGUCACCAAAAUCACCGAAAUCACCAAAGUCGCCCCGAAACAGCGUGCAAGUGGAACACUCUUCAAAAUUUUUAGAAGUUGAAAAUCGUGAUUUUCUAUUUACACAAAAUAUCGACUUGUCCAAAGUAGACCCAGUUACUCUGGAAGUCGAUAAAAGCGGACAAUUACAACAUUUACCUAGUCCUAAAAGAGAUAUCACGAAACAUUUAGACCCGAUAUUACUUGAGACUCUGAAUUCUAAGUUAAGCCAAAUUGAAAGUGAUUCAGCUACUAGUUCAAAGACUGAUAGUAUCAGACAAGAGCCUUUGUACUCACAUGACAUUAAGUUUACUAUUAAUGGCCGAAAUAUACAACAACCUCCAGUAUGUAAAGAUCCGAAGCCUAUGUCUGCAGCGGAAAAAUUGAGAGCAGAUAUAAAAUUGAAGUCUGAAAAAAUGCUUCCAAAAAGAGGCCAAAAGGCUAGAGGUUCUGGAAAAAAGGGCCCAGGUAGCAAAAUAAAAGGUAAAAGCAAUAAUAAAAUCAGGAUUACGUCAUUUUCAUCUGAUGACGAGAGUGUAGACUCAGAUGAUGUUUUUGGCACUACAGAAGCGGCACCUAAAUUGGAAUUCUCUCCCCCGCAGUCGCGGAAGGACUUAGAGCCUAUUUUGCAACUGGAAUAUGACAAAAUUACAUCUGGGGCGUGGCAUAGGGGCCAAACUAUGAGUUCUACAGAAAUCGAAGGUUCGCCGCCACAGUGUAGAAAAUUGGCUGAGCUAGAAGCAAAGUACAAUCCUCAAGUUCUUGAUAGUUUUAGCGGAAAUGCUACAGAAUUGCGUCGGAUCUCAGAGCGUUCUAUUUCAAUCCCGAGCUCUGAAGACGACGUUGCUAUGAAAAUUCCAGAAACAAAACACGAUAGUGUACCUUGGGAGUAUCAAGAAAAUAUUCCUUCGCCGAUAUUAGAGAGUACCGAGUUCUUGAAAUCCGAAGAUGAGCAUCUAGCUGAUUUAGAAAUAGCUAAGGUAACGGGUAUCAUACAAUCUGAAGACCAAACUGAAGGCAAGGAUGACAAAAAGGAUUUUAACAAACUUGAUAUAAAGAAAAGUUUGAGAGAUGAGCUGAUAUCUCCAAUGUUAAGGAAACCCGGUGGUACUCCGAUAUUAUUUGCGCACGCUAGAUUAAACUUGUCCGAAGGUUCUGUGUUUGCUCUUCAACGUCAGAAAGCUACUCAAGAUUCUCCUACAGCUAGCCGUAGAGCCAAAAGUUUAGACACUCCUGUCAUACAGCUUCAUAGACUUCCACCUAUGAAUGCAUUCUCUUCUAAAGAUGAUACUGUUGAGGAUAUAAACGAAGAAGGUGAAAUAUUAGAAGAAAAGCCUUUGAUCGAUGACAAGUCGAAAUUGUCCCCUCCUAAGAGAGAUCCAAUUGAUAAAAUCGAGGAAGUAGAAGAAGAAGCCACUGGUGAGGCAGACGAAUUAAAAUCUGUUGUUAUUGACAAUGAAGAGUUGGCAUUACUAGAUAAUUUAAUAGAACAACGACGUCCACGGUCUUUCAAGCGUAGAUACGAUAUAACUAAAUUAAACUCUCAAGCUUCUCGUUCACCGCUCAGUAGAUCACCACUAUCAAGGUCACCAAUAUCUAAAUCACCAUCUAGGUCGCCUACUUCAUCUUUGAACUCUCCAAGAGGGAGUAUCAGGAAGCUCUCAGAUUUAAGCGAAGACCAAAUAGUGCCAGAUAUGGAAAGAAUAAAACGUAAAGAGAAGAAAAAACUGACCUUGAAAACUAAACCUGAUGAGAAACAGAAAAUCGCUAGUAAACUCAACAAAGCAGGAUCUGUAGAUACCAAUAUUACUAAAAUAAAAGCUCUACAAACUCAAAAGUCUCUGCCUUCGUCACUUAAAGACCGCCCAGAUUUCUUGACUGUACCUCCAUUAGAACUUGCACGUGCUAAAAGUCAAGAAUUGGAUCAAAGUGCUAAGAAAAUUGCGAAAGAAAAGUCCAAGUCAUUGGAAAAAAUGGAUGUUAAACGGUCGAGUAGCAAAGAAAGAACGAAGUCUCAAGAAGAUUCUGACACAGAAAUAGCCAAACGCAAAGAGAAACAGCAGUUACUCUUUGAAGCUGCUUUGAAACAGACUAAAACUCUUAUCAGUCCAGUCAAAGAUACAUUACCACCAUUCCCACCACCAGAGGACAAAAUAUUAGUGAAAACCGAAGGUGACAAAAUUAUUAUAGAAACUAAAAUUAAUAGCAAAGCUGAAGAUCAUGUAUUCAUAGCUAAAUCACCUAAGAAGUUGGACAAUAAACUAGGUGGCAAAAUGAGUAGAAGUUUUGAAGAUCAAAAGACUUCGAAAACAAAUAAUAAAAUGAACAAGAGCAUGGAUGAUAAAUCUAGUCAAUCAUUGGAGGAUAAAUUUGAUGAUCUUGCUGCAUUGCAAAAAUCACCUAAAACCCUAUCCAAGAAGCAAGAGAUGAAACAACAAAUUGAAGGUAAGGUUGUGUAUCAAAAAAUAAGCCCAGGAGCUAAAUCUAAAAGUUUGGAUCGAAAAGUGGAUGCCCAUUUAGAUUGUAAGACAAAAUCUAAGAGUUUAGACAGAAACUAUGUGACACCUGCAUCAAUGUUGCCUUCAGAUAAUGAGAAACAUUUCAAACAAGAAGUUGUCAAAGUAGAUGUCCAUCCAACUGUAGCUGAAGAGCCAGAAGUAAUGUUGAAAGAAAUAAAAGAUACAUCGCCUUCAAAUAGUUAUAAAGAAAAAACUGAGGAUGAUUCCUCCAUAGAAUGGAUGACUAGUUCUCAACAUACUGUUAUUGAAAAUGAUACUCAGACAGUGAUAAUGGAACGUCGUAAAAUUGAUAUUUACAAUAAACAGCGACAGACUGAACUUCAAGAGAGUAGGAGUAAUCAAGACGUACAUGAUCUCGUUUCAUCAUCAUCUGAACGUAAACUCGAAGUAUCACGUUUGCCUAGCGAAGAAGAGUCCCUCACUGAGGUUAGUGAUUUGAAAGUUUCUGAUGAAAGUCAUAUGCUCGCUCUUUUUCUCCCAUAUAUUGACGCAGAUAGUUCUUCAGAUCAAGAUCAAACUUCAAAGAAAGCGAAAAUAACCCAUGGCAAGAGUGGUGAUUCUGAUUCAUGGGUCACAGUUGAUUACGAAGAAACUACACUAGACACUGAACUACCACUCUCUGAUGCUAGCAGUAAAACUAAAGGAAGAAGAACUUUAGACCCCCAAGGGACAUUUGAUGAAUCAUCUGCAAGUUUAGUAGAAUUCCUUAAGCAAGAAUCUAUAUCGCAAGCAAUGUCAGACCCUGAAAACGAAUCAAGAACAUGCCGCGAACCACCGAAAUCUAUUGAUUUGUCGCGCAAAUGGGCUAAUAAAAUAAUAGUAACACCACCACAAGAAAACAGUCCUACUAUAGAGAACAUACCUUUCAUUGACUCGAGUACUUCUAAAUCUAAUAAAUCUGAAAACGAACACACUGGUAGUUCUGGAAGUGACAAAUCUCCCACUGAACAAAAACCUGACCAAAAAGGGUUACUGACAGCUAAGUCAAGGCGCAGUGAACUUCUCAAGCUGAGUGCUGAACGGUCACGAAGUUCUGAAUCAACUUCAUGGACCAGUGUGGAAAAAGAUGUCAGCCCGUCAAGUGGCAUUAAAGGUAGUUCAAUUGAUGAUGAGUCAAGUGUUAGUUGUUCAAUUGCAAGACCUUUGGGCAUUUCACAAGAUAUUGAAAAGCUUAAUAAGAAGGAUCGAGAAUGUUUAGAGGAGUUAAAACAAGCUAUGGAAUACGGGGAAGAUCACUUGCUUUCCCAUCAUACACUAUCAAGUGAGCAUUCCAAGUCAAAUUCUAAAUCUCCUUCACCGGUUCCUGAAAUUACACGUAUUGAAAGCCCUAGGAGUCCUUCGAAAUAUGGUGCAAGAAAGUCUCCAACGCCUACUUUAGAAAAGCAAGGUCAAGUAGAUUCGCAAAAAGCACCUUCUGAUUCAGAGUCCAGUUCAGAAAGUAUUGACAAAACGGUAGAGCAACUCUCAAGACCAAAUGUUAGGAAACCUGGUAUUGAUAAAAUUGGUAAAUGCGUUAUAGAAGAAUCAGAAUCCAGUCAAUCAGCUGCAUCUAAAACCUCAGAAGCAGCAAAAGAAAUACAAAAGCCUGGCAAGAAAACAAAAAUCGCUAUAACAAUAUCACAAGAGGACCAAAACACUACAAUAGAUUUUGAUGAUGAUGGAAACGUAAUAACUUCGUCAUUCGAAAGAGAACUUCGUUUGAAGAAAAGAUCGCUUAAAGAAGACCAAAAAAGUUCAUCUAAGUCGAGCGUAGAUACAACAACUACAACUACUCCGUCUAAGGGAUCUCUUAGCGUUGACGACUCGUCAUCAAGGAGACGUCGUCUAGAUGAUCAAAAGAGUUCAUCAAAAUCUAGUAUGGACUCUAGAGGUUCACUAAGUGUGGAAUCAAGAGGUUCUUUUGAAACAACAGAGUCGACUUCUGGGUCUUUAGGCGAAGCUUAUCGUCGUGGAGAAGAACUAAAACCCACAUGGCGACCUUUCUUUGGCGCCUCAGGUAGCGAAAACAGUACAAGUAUCGAAGAAGCUUGGAUACCCCAAGAUCACGAAGGGUAUGAAAGUCUGGCCCUCAACAAAGAUGUAUUUGAAUACGGCAACCAAAGAGUAUUAGAUGAUUUCCAAACAUUUUCUAAAAAUCCUCCUCUUUCUGCUAAUACAUCCAAAGAUUCAACUGAUGGCGAUUUUACCGAUGAUCUUAACGAUUUCCCUGUGAAUUUCUUAUAUCCAGCUACUUCUUCAAGUAAUACGAAUGAUGUUGUAAUAGGUUAUGGCCAAACUUUCGGACGCACAUUAUCACGCAUAUCGGAACGUAGUACAGCUUCUGAAAAAACGAGUGGCGACGAAGACUCUACAAAAGCCUGUUCACGGUCAGAAAGUAUUAAUGAGGAGUCCCUUAACUCCAGUGAUCAUCAGGCCAGUCUUAGCUCUGAUCCGCCUAGUAACGCGAAUGUUGCCUAUAUCUCAGAUACGGACAGAAGAACUUCUGCUGAAAUGCCUGAGAUUCCAAUAGAUCAAAGUAAAAUAAGUGAAAUGUAUGAAUCGAAAAAAGAGGUAGAAAAGGCUGGUAAAAUAAUUGACGAGUCUUUAGAUCCAAAGAAGUGUAUAGAAAGCCCUACAAAAACUACUACACGGAAAUCUAAACCACCGUCAAAACAAUCGUCUGCUAGUGAGAGUCAGGAAUCCGAAGACUGGCCUUUGCCAGAAUUGCCUUUGCAAGUGGCUGGUAAACCUGAAAUGAGCAGAAAAGACUAUAGUGAUUUGGAUCAAUGGCCUCCCCUGCCAUCGAGUCUAUUAGAAACUCCCAUUAUAGAAAAAGUGCAUAUUUAUUACAUGAGUAAUGAACCAGAACAACCUACAAAAGUAACAUUACUAUCAGAGAGCUCAAAAGAACAGCUCGCGGAUUCCGACGACGACAGUGACACCUUAAAUAACGACGAUGAACUGGACAAAGAUAUACCAGAAUCAAAGUCAGAGAAAUCGAACGAGGGUCUUUCUCCGAAAAGUGCUAAAGUUAUUCCUUAUGAUCAGUCUGGAUAUAUGGUGGAGCCUUUAGAAAAGCACGAUGACUAUAAUUGUCAUAAAAGCGUUGUUCCUAACUAUGAUAAAUCUUGUCUUAGCGGCACAAUAAGUAAGGCUACAUGUCUCAUGAGUGAUGUUGGAUCUUGUUGUUCACGGUCUGAAAACAAAGGUUUUAAUGUCAAAAGUAACUUUGAUGACAAAGUUAUUAUAAAUCAACCACAGAAGUCGCCUACAAAUCACAGCCCAAUACUCGACGAUGACCACCUGUAUAGUGAUGAUGUAUUUGGGGCUGAUAGCAAGUCUCUGUCGCCUGAUCUUGACAAAGGUUUUUCGCAAUUAGGUUCUCAAAAAUAUUCAUUCGGGUCAAACAAUUCUGACACUUCCAUCGACGAUCUUCUUUCACAAACUAAUGCCGAAGACACAGUUCGAGCAGUGACUAAGUUAAGUGUUAGUAGUGCUGGCACUUGCAAGAGAUGCAGUCAUAGUAGUCACUCAGAAGAAGAAACCAGUUCUUUUGACACAGAUUUGGAUGGCACAGUCAAAAUUGGAUUGCCUCAAAAGAAAUGUACACACAGCUCUCACUCUGAAGACACGUCAAUAUGUUUGAGCAUAUCAGAAUGGUCUACUGGGACUAAUACUGUUCGCCAAUACGCUAAUCUAUCUGCUUCUGAAAGUAUAUCGGCCGUUUCCGUUAACAAGAGCGAUAAAUCUGAAAAAGCAUCUGCGAAACUUUACUCUUCAUCGCAAGUUAGUAAGAAGUCUGAUCAGAAACCUAACAUAAGCUCACAGGCAGAAAUGAGUUCUAAGAGCAGCAGCUUCGAUAAGAGCUCUGAAAUUAUAAAAUAUGACAAACUUUGUAGUUCAGAAACAACUAUUUCGAGAAAAGGCAUCGACAGUAGUUCAGGCACAAAGAGUGAUAGCACUUUAACUCUAGCUCAGUCUAUAUCCGAUUGGUCUGCGAGUACCAGCCAUACAUUGGUCCCAACUACUCGCGACGAUCAACAUGAUGCAGAUAAAACAAAAUCUGAUAAUACAGUAGUAAAGGAGUCUGAGGUCGAGGAGAAACAAGAUACCGAGAUAAUUAUUACCGAAGUUUCAUCGCCUCCACCUGAAAUUGAAGAUGCCAAAGAACCCGUACUGAGACUGACUGCAUCGUACACUGGCAAAACAGAUAAAUCUUCCUCUAUCAGCUACAGUGAUAAAUCAGACAAGUCAAGCUCCAGUUCCUUGAGUAGUUUGCAAAAGCAUGCCAAUGGGGUGCUACGAUUUGACCAAGGUUUUCAAGCACAAGAUAGUAUACACGAACGUUAUCCGAAAGUACCACCAAAGAGUUUGAGUUAUGAGGAACACACUAAUAGGUACUCAAAGCCAACGUUACGUUGUCAAAGUGAAGACAGUGGUUUCAAACCAUAUUUUGUAACUCAACCAGAAUUGGAUAUUGAUAUGCCAUCUCAACUUUACAGCCAAGAAGAAAAGCACAGUGAACGGUAUCAAAGUCAAGAAUUUUCAAAUAUAAUACGUGAUGAAGCCAGUAGUAGUAAAUUUAUGAGAUCCGACUAUAAACCUUUAGCUAAACAUGCCAGCUACGAUGAUAAGACUCUUUCCAAAAAUCAAAUAAAAGAGUACAAGACUUCUCAGCAGUAUCGUAGUAAGCCAAAAAGUUGGUCUUUCCAUGAACAUUAUCUUGCUUCAUCUGAUUUGCCCGUCAUCGCUGUGCCUGAGAUACCUUCAGUGCAUAGAGAAUUGACGGAAAAAAAGUCCGCUGACAGAUCAGGGAAAACUCCUUUAUCGCGUUGUUCGCCUUAUUACUCAAGUAGCUUAAGUUCUGAGUCACCUCCCAUUCAACCAUUAAAAGCCCCCGUCAAAAAAUCUCUUCUGGUCCGAAACAUUUCCCUUAAGAGUCCGCCAAGUGGCAAUGAUACUGAUAGCUCACUAGACGUUAUUCGAGAUCCCAGAGAAAGGAUGAAAACAUUUAGGCGCAAGAAACAAGUAACCAGUGCUCGUAAACGACAAGAGAGAAUACAAGAUGUUUUAGAAGAAGAUUCAACCAAGAGUCAGUACUCGUCUGAAAGUGAUAAGUUUGGAGGGCAAUAUUUGGCUGUAGAAGAAUCUCUUCGGCGGAUGGAGAGCUCCGAAUGUUCUGACAGCUAUGUACCUGGGGUAGAGUCCGGGUCUUCGGAAAUGUCUAAAAACGAUUCUAAAAAUGAUGAAAUUCAGGAAGCAAGUUACUCUGAGGAUGAAGAAGGACAAGUUGAGUACGCAAAAUAUAAAAGCGCUAACUACGAGGCACAACAAUUCCCUAUUAACAUUGCUCCUAUGCAAUUUCAAGGAUUUGGUUCGUCGGCUGACGAAGAUGAAAUGGGGUUCCCACGGUUUGAUAGAUUAGGUCGUUUGCGGCAUCCUUAUCUUGACUCACAGGAACCGCCGUAUGUAUCGGAAGAUAGUCCUCCGCGUAUUUCUUAUUCAAAUAAAAGUAGUCGCCAGUCAUCUUUGAAAAAGUCUAAAGCUCCUAGUUAUCGACAACCCGAGGACGCUCUUGGAGAAUCAUCUGGUCAGCACCAUCAGAGAGGGUUUUAUGAUGACCAAAGUGAUAGAGAUGAUUCAGAUGAUUAUGCUUACCCGAUUGAUACUAUAAAACGAGCUCCCAAAGUGUCCAAGUCAGGUAGUUACUUGUUUGAACGCGGGGAAUCCGUUGCUUAUUCUGAUACAGAGCUACCCCCCGAUAAGGACGAAUACGAACCGUACAGAGGCAGUCCUUAUCCGGAACAUUACGAAGAGGUAGUAAUGUUCCAAACGCAAGAAUGCUAUCCGCAGUACGACCACGAUCUCCAUGAGAGUAGGAGUGAUAAUCAGGAUCGUUAUUCUCGGGAUUUAGACCAACGUUUCAGCCUGAACAAUGUAGAGAGGUUCUACUCUAGUCAUUACGUAGACUCACAAGCCUCUAGUGACAGCCCUGAGCAAAAAUUUGAUGUUUCCACGCUGCCGCCGCCUCUAUGCUCAGACGACGACAACGAUUAA